AAUCGAUCAAGUAAUCAAUGAGUUGAUUAUAUUAUUUAGCACCUAUUCAUUAGUUCUUAGGAAAGAAUAUUUGGUUUGUAUUUGUAAUUUUUUCGCCGAAAUCACAAUAUUUUUUAAUUAAUUUUAUUUACAUAUUAUAGCUAUAAAAUGAAUAUGUGGUACUUAACAAUACUUGUUUUUUUUAUAAUUGUCCAAGUUUGUGUGUCACGAAACGUUACCAAUGAGUGUACACAUCUCCAUGAGCUAAAAGAUCAGAAUUUAACAGCACUCAUGAAAGCUAUUAUUCCUGAAUUAGAAGGUAAAAGUAAGGGUGACGCAGGAAGGAUUGGCAUCAUAGGAGGAUCUGUUGAAUACACUGGAGCGCCAUAUUUUUCAGCGAUAUCUGCUUUAAAGGUUGGAGCAGAUUUAGUUUAUGUUAUUACAACAGAAACUGCAGCCCCUGUCAUUAAAGCCUAUAGUCCUGAUCUAAUAGUUUAUCCAUAUCUUAAUGCAAAUACUGCAACUAAAAUUCAUGCAUUAUUAAAGAAGAUGGAUGUAAUAAUUAUUGGUCCAGGAUUAGGUAGAGAAGAUGAGACAUUAAAAUUAAUAAAUGAAAUACUUAUUCAAUGUAAAAAUAUACGGAAACCACUGAUUAUUGACGCUGAUGGUCUAUAUGCGAUUUCUAAAAAUUUAUCAGUUUUACAACAUUAUCCCAGUCCUGGAGUUAUUUUGACGCCGAAUCACCGAGAAGCUCGGUAUUUAAAGGAAGCUACAAGUGCCAGCAACUGGUAUAAUUAUUGGGGAGAUGACGUGACUGUAUUGGUUAAAGGUAGUGAAGAUCAAUACAAUUCCAAUUUGCUAUCAUGGUCAUGGACAUCAACAUUUCGAGGUUCUGGUAGACGAGUAGGUGGUCAAGGAGACAUUCUAUCUGGUGCAUUAGGUACUCUAUACAAUUGGGCUCUAAAGUCUAACGUUUGUGAAAUUAGAAACACUCCCCAAUUGGCACAAAGCGUCUCUACUUUCGCAGCUGCAAGAUUUACGAGAGAAUGUAAUUUUAAGGCAUAUGCUGAAUAUGGCCGUAGUUUAACAGCUUCUGACAUGUUGAAAUACAUUCAUGCCUCUUUUGAGAGCCUUUUUAUAAAUGAAGAUUAAAUUUGAAAAUUAAAAUAUUUA